UUCGCCUUAUAAGGGAGGGAGAUUCACGGACAGCUUUUGAGAUCAUGGACGAAAUGUCACUGCGUGUGCUAGACAACAUUAAGUUGCUGUUUGAUGUUAUAUGUCUUCAUUUUGUUGGCCUUGUCUUGAAUAAGAAAUGGGUAGAAGCUGUGCUGUUUGCUCAGAAAUACAUUGCUCAUUUUGGGAAUCAUCCAGUAUAUGGCCAAAAAGUUAAAGAUUUUAUGUCCCUUCUUGCUUAUAAGGAUCCACUGGAAUCCCCAAUGAGUGGUCUGGUUGGCGAAGACUUUCGGCAACAAGUGUUGGAGAGUUUGAAUCUCGCCAUUCUCGCACACUUAAACCUUCCCCAACUCAGUGCCAUGGAGGUUCUUAUACGGCAAACAACAGUAGUUAGAGAUAUCUUGAUGCAACUGGUUAGGCCAUUGAUUAUUAUACUCCUGCAUAUGUUCACUAUUUUUUCACUCUGCAAUUCAAGCUUUGAACUAAUUCUAUUCAGCUGACAAAAUUAUUUGUCUUCUUAGUCAGUGUUUCAAACUGAUUCAUUCAUUUGCUCGUUGCAGGAGUGGUCGCCACCAUUUUCGUUGAGUAAUUUUCUUAGUGAUCGGUUUACCAUCUAUUGAAUAUUCACUGGGAUUGGUGCAUGCAUGAUUUGAUCACUGGUGUAAAGUUGUCUUCGUGUAUAGUUUCUUUUGUUGCAGGCUAUCUAGUCAUGCUGCAUUCGUAUCAAAAUGGAGAAAAUUGUUAUUCGAUAUAGUAUGUAGCUUUAAUAUGUCAUUCUUCCAUCAUUUUCCACAUUUUAGAUUGUAUUCAAUCCACUGUGAGGUUUAGCUGAUAAUCAGAUCC